AUCGUGACGUCAUCAGGACGCGCCGGACGUCAACAGGGGAGCAUAAUGGCGGCACCUCAGCCGAAGCAGGAGAAAGAGGGCGAAGAUUGCUCUUUACUGCCUUUAGUCCAUGAUAUAAUUAAAUGCAUGGAUAAGGAGAGUCAGGACGAGAGCCAGGAUGUGCACCAGGAGUUGAACAAGCUGAAGGCAAAAAUACAACAGGCCCGGGACCAGAUCUCCACCAUGCCCGGCAUAGAGAGCAGUCCCGUGGACCAGCAGCAGCAGUUGGAAACGCUGAGGGAGCAGGUCCACACCAAGAACCAGUUGCUGCAGAAAUAUAAGAGCCUCUGCAUGUUUGACGUGCCAAAAGCACCUUGAAAGAUCUUAAAUGAAAGAUUCUGGAAGAUCUCAUCCUCUUAGAUGGAACACUCAAGGACAUCUAUCUAUCCAUCCAUUUUUUACCGCUUGUCCCUUUUGGGUGGCAGGGGGUGCUGCUGGAGGCUAUCUCAGAUGCAUUCGGAGAAAACGGACUAAAUGGAAGGAACGCCAUUGUGGUGCAAUUGUAUUCUGACCACGUCGAUGUAUGUUUUGUAUUGCAUGUGCACAAUUUGAGGGAUUUUCACGUUUAUUUUGUAUUAAAGCUGCAAAAGAAUAUUGCAUUCUUUUUCUGGGUAUUGGUAAGUGUUUGUGGAAGAAGAGCAAACCAUUCAAGCUUUGGGAAUUUUCUUCAGUUUUGCUUAUGAUAGUAAUUAUUGAAUACAUGUAAACAACUGUAGCCCAGCCCUACAGACAACAGGCUUAGAAUAGCAACCACUGAUUAUGUAGUUAUUUGAGCAGUGCUCGCCAAUGAGCUAACUGCCACGGGUUGAAAGCUCUUUGUCCAGCACAGCUCUUAGGUGUUGGGAGUAAGGUUCUACACUUUCCACAGCUUCACCAGCUAGCAUCCAUUACCUGCAGGAAAGCUGUUAUUUCCACCUGCUCUACAGAAAGAUGUGUAUCAAAUCAUGCUUUUGCAAAUGUGUAGCUUUGAUAUACACCAGUGGUCCCCAAACUACGGCCCGCCAGCGUCCACAAUCCAGCCCGCAGGGAAGUCUCAAGUUUUAUUUUUUAUGUGUCCGACCGUUUCUAGGUUAGCUACCUGCUGGAUCUACUCUCUGUUUAAUGCUCCCCUUUUUUGUUGUUGGUGCAGCUGUUAAAUACACUUUAAUACUGUACAUCAGGCGUGUCCAAGUCUUUUGAGCUCAGAGGCCGCAUGGAGGGAAAUCUGUGCACACACAGGCCGGACUAUAAAAAUAACGGCAUUAAAACUAAAAAAGACAA